CCAUCCAAGAAGUCACCGCCGCCCGUUUUCCCCCAUCACACAUUUUAUAUAUCGCACCUGUUUCCAUCGUUCUCCCCUCUCGAUCCCCAUUGUUAUUUUUGUUUUUUAUCCAAGAGCUCACCUCCCUUCAACACAUUUCACAACAACAACACAUCAUCAUGUCUGGCAUCGUUAACCGCGCAACUGAGACCGUGAGCACCACUGCCAAUGCGGUUGCUGCUCGUGUGGAUCCUUACGUUCCUCAGGUGGCAAAGAAUGCGGCCAACUUUGCCAUUGGUACUGCCAGUGCUACAGCCAACUUUGCCGUUGGUACUGCUAGUGCGACAGCCAACUUCGCCGUCGGCACCGCAAACGCUGCAAAGGACCGCGCUGUCAACACUGUCACGGGCACCGUCAACUUUGCCAGCAACACUGUCAACGCAGCCACCGGCUUCGCCUCCGACAAGGUCCACGGAGCCAUCGACUUUGGAAAGGUAGUCGUCACAGGAGCCACGACCACCAUCACCUCCUACACCCCCAACCCGAUCCUCAACCUCGUCACCUCCACCGUUGAUGGAGCCAAAGCCCUUGGCACAGAUCCAGUUGGCACCGUAAAGGGGUACAUCCCCACCUUCGUCAUUCACGCUGGCGAAAAGACUUACGAGAUUGUACACAACACAAAGGACCGUACAGUAAACGGUGUCAAUGCAACCACAGGCUUCAUUGUGACCAAAGUCAACGGCGCUGUUCAUGCCGUCACUUCCGUACCCCAGAUUCACAACCUCAUCGAGCAGCUCAACAAGCUCACCGCCCCUGUUCUGAACAAGUUGGGUGUGAGCCGACCUGCACCCGAGGCUGCUGCAGCCAACGGUACAACGGCGCAUUAAUGAUGACGAGUUAUGGUGUUUUAAUAUUAUUAAUUAGGAGCCUUUAGUGUUAGUGGUAUACCGCGGUUGAGGUAGUUGGCAGCGGCUAACUUAGACUAGUCACUUGUCGUUGUGUAUUUGUGUGUUUCUCAUUUAUUUUAUUUUUAUUGUAUUCUGUGCUAGUUUAUUGAACUUAUUGCAAGUAGUAUAUCGACCGAAAAUAGUCGGUCUAUGUUUCUAUUAUCUUUCCACCUAAUUCAGCACGAAAAAGGGGCACAUGUAAUCCGUGCUUUGCAUGUUACUUUUCAGCAGACAGUUUAGAAAAGCCGAAAUAUCAGCAACAUAAGACAUUCUGAGACGUCUGCAUUUAGGUUCUUCAGUUGUCUGUCCUCCUAGGCGAAGCACUGCAUUCCUUCUCGUGUCAACUUCCAACUGAAGGACACUGCAAAACAGAUCCUCGAAACGCAACUACAACGAGAAUGAACAACCAUCCCGGAAAAAAGUUGUUCACGCGAUGAUGGAUGAUGAUGCAGAGCCCUUUGAAAUCUGUAUCCGACUUCAACAGUUUUGUACCCCUUCC